AUGGCGACCCAGUACCCACCUCCGUCAAAACGUCAGAAACGGGAGCAAGCCGAGAUUGCACGCCAACAACAAGACAUUGACACUACGAUACCCGAUGGCACUGUACGAGUGCGCUUCGUCGACCAAGCCACAGGCGAGAGUGGCAGUAUCCCAGUGCUCACUGUACCGUUAUCGCAAGCGUCGACGAAGAAUCUUGAGCUCUUGCUCAACAACCUGAAGGACCAAGCCGAUGAUCAGAUACCGUACCGCUUCUUCCCCGAUGGCGCGACGGAGGCGCUUGCCGACAAGGACGAUUUAUACAACGCAUUGGUCAAGCCUGGCAAAGCGUCAGCGGAAAACGAGAUAGUACUUCAAUAUGCGCCGCAAGCAGUCUUUCGAGUCAAAGCUGUUUCACGUUGCUCGGCAGCAGUUUCGGGCCACGGUGACAACAUUCUAACAGUCAACUUCUCGCCAAUUAGCUCGAGCAGAAUGGCGAGUGGUAGUGGAGACAAGACGGUGCGGGUAUGGGACUGUGACACAGGAACACCAGUGCACACGAUGAAGGGGCACACAAGAUGGGUUCUAGCAGUUAGCUACUCGCCCGACGGCUCUCUGCUUGCUUCCGGUGGCUACGACAACGAGGUGCGGAUAUGGGAUCCAAACACCGGAAAGCAGAUCGGACCUGCUCUCAAAGGUCAUACCAGCUUCAUCACGUCACUCUCCUGGGAGCCCUACCACCUACAAGAGGCUGGCCGGCCACGAGUUGCGUCUUCGUCAAAAGACGGCACAGUAAGAGUGUGGGAUGCGGUAGGCGGCCGAAUCGACUAUGCUCUAUCUGGUCACAAGGGCAGUGUGACAUGCGUUAAGUGGGGUGGUACUGGACGGAUAUACACCUCGUCUCACGACAAGACCAUCAAGGUCUGGGAUGCUGCGAAGGGCACGCUUGUCGAUACCCUAUCAGGACACGCGCAUUGGGUCAAUCAUCUUGCACUUUCAACAGACUUUGUCUUGCGUACAUCGUAUCACGACCAUACACGCAAGGUACCUUCUAGCCCUGAGGAGAAGCUCGCCAAAGCCAAGGCGCGCUUUGAGAAAGCUGCUACCAUCAACGGAGAAAUAGUGGAACGCUUAGCGACUGCUUCAGAGGACUGUACAAUCAUAUUGUGGACGCCUCUGACCAGCAAGAAGCCAGUUACAAGAAUGACAGGUCACCAAAAGCAGAUCAACCAGGUCACCUUCUCACCAGACGGUGCACUCCUAGCGUCAGCGGCAUGGGACAACCACGUAAAACUAUGGUCAGCACGAGACGGAAAAUUCCUCAACACGCUCAGGGCACACGUCGGCCCAGUAUACAUGACCUGCUUCUCUGCGGACAGCCGACUGUUAGCAAGCUGCAGUAAGGACACGACGCUGAAGGUGUGGGACAUGAGGACUGGCAAACUAAAGGAGGAUUUGCCUGGGCACAAGGAUCAGGUGUUUGCGUUGGAUUGGAGUCCAGAUGGUGAAAGGGUUGGGAGUGGUGGUGCCGACAAGCAAGUGCGGAUAUGGAGCAAUUGA